GGCCGAUCCAUAGAUUUAUUAUGUCAUUGGUUUUACUUUUAUGUCAUUUAUUGACAAAAUCACGGUCUUGACAAAAUAAUAUUUGAAUCACGAUCUUUUUAGCUGUUUUAAAUAAUUUGAAUAAUACGCACUACAAAAUAAACAAAUAUUUUCAAUAUGAAUAAACAAUUAUUAAAAGCAAGUACACCUUUAACAUCAUUAAUUCGUUGGAAAGGUUAUAAAUAUCCAGGAGGUAUCCGAUACCCAGGAGGAAUAACUUAUUAUCCACGACACCCAAAUCACAAGGAUCCCGAGUGCACUCCAUCAAAGUUAUUUAGAGUAGAGCAAAUUAAAAGCAGUAGGCAUCAUCCAUGGUGGGAAAAAAAAGUUUUAAGUGAACUUAAGCUUGAAGGACUUAGCCAAGUUGCAAUUGUCAAGAAUAUACCCGAAAUGAACGCGAAGUUAUGGACAAUUAAACACCUUAUUAAGGUUACCCCUAUUACCUUUCCUUAUGGUGAACCAACAGAAGAAGAUAUUAAGUACACAAUUCUUAAGGAAAAUGGGCAGUGUAUAGUCACAAAAACUUUACAACCAGAACUGCAGAAAUUAGAAGCUCUAGAAAAAUUUGAAAAUGAUCCUAAAAAGAUGGAUUCAACAACAAUUAAAAAAGAUUCAAGACAUAAAUGGAACAAUGCUUUCACAGGAGGAUUUUAAUAUAUAUAUUUUAUUUUAAUCUAGAUGUAAUAAUUAGAUAAUAAAAUAAUACAAACUGCAUAAA